AUGAUGCACAGCUUCAUGGGAGGGGGCCUCUUUUGUGCCAUUGUGGGGAACAUCCUGUUGGUGGUGUCCACAGCCACAGACUACUGGAUGCAGUACCGCCUGUCCACCAGCUUUGCCCACCAGGGCCUGUGGAGGUACUGCAUGUCUGGCAAGUGUUACAUGCAGACUGAGAGCAUUGCCUACUGGAACGCCACUCGUGCUUUCAUGAUUCUCUCUGCCAUGUCGUGCUUUGCUGGCAUCAUCGCAGGAAUCCUCUCCUUCGCCCACUUCUCGGCCUUUGAGAGGUUCAAUCGCUCUUUUGCUGCUGGGAUCAUGUUCUUUGUUUCAACUCUCUUUGUUCUGCUUGCUAUGGCCAUUUACACCGGAGUGACUGUGAACUUCCUGGGCAAGCGCUUCGGGGACUGGCGCUUCUCCUGGUCCUACAUACUAGGCUGGGUGGCACUGCUGAUGACCUUCUUUGCAGGUAUAUUCUACAUGUGUGCCUACAGGAUGCACGAGUGCAGAAGAGUGGCUGGCCCACGUUAA